AUGUCGAAUCGAUACGACCGACCUCCUCCCCGUGAGGGUAACGGCUAUGGAAACUUUGGCCGCUCCAACGACGACUACAGAUCUGGUUAUCAAGAUGGAUACGGGAGCGAUCGAUUUGCCACGCCACCAACUACCCAGCAACCGCGACCACCGCCUAGUCUUCGACAAAUGUCGUCGCGGUCACGUAUACCACAAGUCCAGUCACAGGGACAAGGACAAUCACAGGUUCCCGACACGCAUGCCGCACGACAAAUCACCGAGGUUAUAGACCACAUCAAGAAAGAAUGGCCUUCAAUGUGCCAAGAUGACUGCGUUCCAGUUCAACUGUCACUACAACUUCUUGACAAGAGCUCGGUUGGUCGCGCCCACGAAUACCGCCAGUUCCAGCAAUCGCAUAAUUAUCUCCAAGAGUCUCUGAAGGGAAUUGUCCACGAACAUCACCAGGGCUUUAACAGUUCGAUUGGUACAUUUCACAAGAUCCAAAGCAGUAUUCAGCAGUCGCAAAAGCGAGUGCGGGCACUAAAGGAGUCGCUGGCGAGUUCGAAAACGAGCCUUUGUGCGACAGAUCCAGAGCUAAAGAAGCUUUCAAAAUCAUCGCAAGAAUUUGAUGCGCUUUUGCAAACACUAAACGAGCUCGAUGAUCUCCGUGCCGUACCAGAUCAGCUGGAGGCAAGAAUAUCCGAGAAGCGUUUCUUGACGGCCGUGGAAGUAUUGCAAAGUGCUCUCCGGAAACUACGAAAGCCUGAACUAGACGAUAUCGGUGCUCUCGCUGACCUGAGGAGCUAUCUUGCAAACCAAGAGACUGCUUUGAUGGACAUUCUGGUGGAAGAGCUGCACGAGCAUCUCUACCUCAAGUCACCGUAUUGCCAGGAACGAUGGCAGAACUUGGCUAAAACCCAAGGUGCUGUAACGGAAGGCUAUACUGAUAUUAAGCCCAUCGCCCCAUUUCACAUGGUUCUCGAUGCCAUUGAUGUCGACAAGACAAUCAGAGAGGACCCAAUGAAGAACCCCGAAGCUGAUACAUUCUAUUAUGUUGGGCUGUUGGUAGAAUCUCUGAACAGAUUAGGUCGACUGCAAAAUGCCGUCGAGACCCUCAAGCAGCGACUACCAGUUGAGCUCUUUACCAUCGUCAAUGAGACCAUCAACGAAGUAGACCAAAGACACCCUAGCUCUCUGAGAGGUGGCUCAGCCAGAGGCGAUGGUCUUCAUGUAUAUGGCACACGCGAAACACAAAUGAGGGCGGAUGUCAUCUACGAUCUUUUGUGGUCGCUAUAUGGAAAGUUUGAAGCAAUCGGAGAAGGUCACCGUGUUUUCCACGAAUCCAUCAAAGUCCUUAUCCGACGAGAAGGUGCUGGUAACAACAGCGCACUUCUUGGCAGCUUCAAGGAGCUGUGGAAUCUCUAUCAGAACGAGAUUCGAUCUUUGCUGCACAACUAUGUUACAACAGACGCUGACGUUUACCAAUUCGAUUCCCCAAACCCAGGAGAUACGCUCCACGGUAAAAAGGAUGUACGGGAGCAUCUGUUCAAGUUCUCGGAGGCCAACACGAAGACUGUCGAGAUGACGAGCGAAUAUGAUGCACUUGACAGCAUCAUACAGGACGCUGUCCCUGGUUUGAAACAGGACAGGAAAGGACGAAGCGCCCCAGAGGGGGGGAGAAGAGGCGGCGAUGGUGGCCAUGGCAGCAGCCAUCAAACAACCGGCUCGUACAAAUCCCUGGUGGAACCGAGUGUCUUCAAUAUGAGCCUACUGCUACCGCCGACAUUGGUAUUCCUGCAGCGACUCAAAAGCAUCGUGCCCCCUGGCUCUGACCUUGCAGCAAGCACAUUGACAACAUUUCUGGACAAUUUCUUGGUCAACGUUUUCCAGCCCCAACUAGACGAGACCCUGGCAAAACUGAGCGACACUGUGUUCGGAGAGGCAGACGCGUUCUCGCAGGAUUCAGGCUGGAGUCAGGUUGCACGUCGACCUGUGUUCCGAGGAACGACGGCCUUCUUCGAGGUCGUGACGGCAUUCUGUCGCAUGCUGGGCACAAUUCCGCCAGACCAAGCACUCAGCUCGUUGAUCGUAACUCAGAUGAUGCGAUACUACGAUCGCUGCUUCAGCUGGUUCAAAACGCUUGUUGUCAAGGCCCAAGACCAAGCUACAGAGAUCAGCAACGAUAACCUGCGAUCAUCAGCGCGCUUCUCUCUGGAUCAAGGGGAGCUCCAAGAAACCAUGAAGAAGCUCUUCACGGCAGAAGAAAUGGAUUGGGAACUGGCCGAAAAGGAGAUUCACUUGUUGAUGGAGCUUACGAACGAAUCGCCACUAGAUUCGGGCGACAUCAUCCAAGAUCGAGAUUCGAUUUCGUCCCUUUGUCUUUUGUAUACCAGCAUGAAAUGGCUUGCUGUCAAGAUUUCUGGACUUCGUCAAAUUACGACGCACGACACGGAUACAUCACGACAGAACUUGCCUCGACAUUCAAACCGACGGUGGACUCUUAUGAACGAGCCUAGCAAGAGCGCCGGUGAAGAGGGUCCUGUGUCACUGCCAUUGACGCAGGAGACUGUACAGGCAUUCGACAGCAUCGUAUCUUCCUUUGAGGAACUCGCAGGAACAGCACUACUCACCCUCCAUAUGGAGAUUCGGUGCCGCAUAGUCCACUCUCUCGGCAUUGCCUUGUCGCCCACAGUGGCACCCUACCUCCUCGACCAGGAGGUGAGCGAACCCGAUCCGCAGAUUCUGAACCUCAAUUCAGAACUGGUCUUCUUUGAUGAGACCAUCGUCAAGUUUCUCCGAGACAAGGAGAUUGCAUUUAUCAGGACUGGUCUGGGUCUGCUCAUCAACUGCUACCUUGUGAGCAAUGCAGGCAAAGCAUCGCCAAUGAACGACAAGGGCUGCGGGCGCAUGCAGCUCAACAUCCUCGUACUGCAGCAGAACCUCAAGAACGUGGAGGAGGGUGUAGACCUGGCACGUGCGGCAAACUACUUCUCUCUAUACGAGCAAGGGGCAGAUGCUAUCGUGGAGAAGGCAAAGGAAGACAAGGAGCAACAGCGGGGCACAAGCGCGCAAGACCCCGACAACUUUUCUUACGAUGAGCUGAAGGCACUCGUGGAGCUAUGCUACAGUGAAGCCAUGGCAAAUCCCGAGCGCGGAAUUGCCACAGCAGCCAAGAGGCAGAUGCAAGACAAACUGCUUGGGCUCAGUGAGCACAUGUGGCAGACAUAG